CGAGGCGCGGGCGGCCGAGUGCGGGGCCGAGACCCGGGGCCGCGCGGCGGGAGGGCGCCGCGGACGGGGUGGGUGUGCGGUGCUGGCGUCCCGGACGGCGGCGCGGGGACCGUAUCCCAGCGCACUGGGGAUGAGCAGGGCGCGGAGUCGACGGCGCUCUGCGAGCCGAAAGUUUCGCGCGUGGAGUUCGUCUGGCUGUGGGAGCGAGAGCGCGGGCCUCCCCGCGGGUGCGGGGCUGCGGCGCUCAGCCCAGAGCUGACCUGCACCUCGGGGUGCGGCCGCUGAACUCCGGGACCAGUCCCUAUCGACGCGCUACGAAUCCGCCACUCCGGUCCCUCUACCCUGGAGCUGUGAUUGGACAGUCCCUAGGCUGCUUCCCGUGGAGUCCUCAAGGUUACCCAGUGGUUGGGCGCUCACCCGAGCCUCAGUAGCUGCGUGAGGUCUGCCUCUCUUCCAUUGCAGGCCUCCUCUCUGGAGAGGCAGAGUCCUCGUGUGGCCUCCUGCCUUGUUCACAGCCUUUGUCCUCGGGAGCCCAGCUUGCAGACUACAGCAGUGGUGUCCAUGGGCUCUGCCGACCAUCAGUUUCACCUCACUGAGCUCCUGACACAGAACUACAGCCUCCAAGAAGGCUGUGCCGAGGCCCUGCAGGGUCCUGACAGGCCGGAGGAGGAGCUGGACAAGGACUUCAUCGACCAGAGCAGUGACAUGCCCCUGGAUGAGCUGCUCGCACUGUACGGGUACGAGUCGUCAGAGCCCAUCUCUGAGCAGGAGAGCGAGGGCGGUGACACGGCUCCACCCCUCCCAGACAUGACCUUGGACAAGGCUUGGCCUUUUGUGUUGGUAUUGGGUGUUGGUACAGCAGUUGCCAUACUUCGUUUACUGUCCUGUUCAAAGGAGCAGAUAGCCAAGGACUUGCUUUCUGGGGAAGAAGAGGAAGAAACACAGUCCUCCGCUGACGACCUCACCCCAUCUGUCACCUCCCAUGAGGCCUCGGACCUCUUUCAUAACCAGAGUGGGUCCCGGUUCUUGUCUGGUGACAACGGCCCAGGCUCCUCAGCCUCCUCCGACACCGAAGAGGACGCCCUUCCCGCCAACAAGUGCAAGAAGGAGAUCAUGGUAGGGCCUCAAUUCCAAGCUGACCUCAACAUCCUGCACUUGAACCGACAUUGUGACAAGAUCUAUGAAAAUGAAGACCAGCUGCUGUGGAGCCCCACCGUGCUCCCAGAGCGGGAGGUGGAGGAGUUCCUGUACAGGGCAGUGAAGCGGCGGUGGCAGGAGAUGGCUGGCCCCCAGAUCCCAGAGGGCGAGGUGGUGAAGGACAGUGAACAGGCGCUGUACGAGCUGGUGAAGUGUAAUUUCAAUGUGGAGGAGGCCCUGCGCAGGCUGAGGUUCAAUGUGAAGGUGAUCCGAGAUGGGCUGUGUGCCUGGAGCGAGGAGGAGUGCAGGAACUUUGAACAUGGCUUCCGUGUUCACGGGAAGAACUUCCAUCUGAUUCAGGCCAACAAGGUCCGCACGCGGUCAGUGGGCGAGUGUGUGGAGUAUUAUUACCUGUGGAAGAAGUCUGAGCGCUAUGACUACUUUGCCCAGCAGACGAGGCUGGGUCGGAGGAAGUUCGUCUCCUCCGGAACCACGGAUACUGAACAGGACCUGGAUGGUCUUGACCCUGAUGGCCAUGCCCGGCUGCAGUCUGAGACAAGGGUGCCCGUGGAGCCUCUGAGUGCGGACAUCGAAGCUGGUGGGCUUGAUCAGCCCGGAGUGGACUCGGAUGACCUCCCGUCCUCAGAGCCAGGACCGAGUCCCUUCCAGCAGCUGGAUGAACCCCCUGCCGUGCCCUCGCUCCAGCAGCCCACUAGCCUGGCCACCUCGGCUGAACUCCCACUGACUGAACUCCCACCGGCGGCUGCUGCUCCAGAGCCGGCCACCAGCCCCAGGCUGGCUGUGGACCUUGCCCUCCCUGAGGAGCUGCCCCUUGUGUCCAGCCCUGUGGCUCUGAAUGGCGACCCUGCAGAGCCCAUGGCUCCAGCACAGGUGGCCUUGUCGGUCACUGAAUUUGGACUCAUUGGCAUUGGGGAUGUGAAUCCCUUCCUAACUGGCCACCCAGCGUGCCCAGCCUCCACACUGCACGCAGAGCCCCUGUCACAGUGCAAUGUGAUGACCUGUUGACCGCUGGCCGUCUGUGGGUGUGUGUGCUCAGCAUGGGCGUGGCGGCACUGCCAGGCCUGCGAGUCAGUCUUCCUGACCCCUUCCCGUGCAGGCCUGUGUGGGACCUUCUCUGCGUCACAAAAUGAUGGGAUUCAGUGAAGUGGCCAGGGCCACACAGACCCCAGACCUCAGCACCCAGCACCACACUCCGCACCAUGGAGUCACGGAGCCAGCCACUGGCCCCUCAGCCGCAGAGGCUGGGCAGGCGGUGCUGCCUGGCUUUGGGCAGGACUCUUCCCGCACCAGCAGCCUCUGCCCAGGCACCCUCCACAGGCCAGCUCUUUGCCCACCACUGCGGGGUUGCCCCUCCAGCCUUGGCUCAGCGUGGGACUUUGGGGCACAGAGCCAUAUACCUCGCCCUGUGGCCGCCCUUCUCGGCCCUUUGCCGUCUCACUUCAGGAAAAGCCGCACUUUAUACCCCAACUGCCUCCUGCCUGCGCUCCCCACCCUGUGCCGUGGUGGGGCCUCAGCAACCCAGGCGAGUGAGGAGCAGAUCUGCUCCCUUCCUGCCCCUCUCCUCGGGCCGCUCUGGGCACCGCUCUGGAAGCACUACCCUGCCUCCCACCUGUCCUGCCUGCGGGUCUCGUUUCUUUGGAGGCUCCUGGCAGGUGGCUGGGUCCAUCUUGUCCUCGGCCUCCCUCAUUUUAUUUAUGUUGGUGUUUACAAUUUGGAGUGGGGUCCCUGGGCAGGCAGCUCCGCCCGGUGUUGGCAGAGCGGUGCUGUUUGAGCCUGUGCGGCUGGACUCGACUGUCCCUCGCCCCACCGAGGACACUGUGAUGUGAGACUGCCUUUGCCCAAUGCUAUUUUAUUUAUUAAACUUGAUUUGAAGCC